AUAUGUAGUUGAAAUAACCAGAUUUCUGCCUAAUUUGAAAGUUCCAGAAAUCUAACAUUAUAUAUAGCCAAAACAACUGUAAAAUAGCUAGAUUCCCAACGCCGGAGAGGAGAGCCGGACCGCAAUGACCAAGUGGGGGAGAUUGAGAGCAAGAAAAAGCGCCAACGCUGCAAUGUAAUUUUCAGUUUACUUUUGUUUUGGAGCUCUCUCGAGCAGCAGUUGAUAAAUUUUCGUUGGAUCCCGUGCGCUCCAUUUUGACCGUGCGCUGCCGUGUUCGUUACGGUAUUUGAAAAAUAGAAAACAGAAUUAAUCUAAAGCUUGCUUUGAGAAUGUUGUUGAAUGGAAAUCGCACAUAUAUUUCCUAAUGUCAAAUUUCCGUUAAUAAAUUUACAGUUUUAAAUUGAAAAUACCCCAAAAAAAAUACGAUUUCCCCAAAAUUAAGUGUUAUGUUGUGUGGAGUGUGGUGUGGCUGCUGCUCCAAUACAGAUCCUGUGCAUAUCCAUACAUAGCCGUUGCGGGAAGCUAAUAACAGUUUGUCGCCAAGCAGCAGUCGUUGGUGUUGUCUCCGUGCCCCCUUAGACGUAGCCGUAGCCGUAGCCGUGUCCGAUUCCGAGUCCGAGUCCGAGCCCUAUAUCCGCUAUGAUGCUGGACGAUGACAACUCAGAUCUCUUGGUCUGUGCAUCCGAAAUGAUGAAAGACCGUUUGUAUUUUGUGGCGUUCAAGAAGAACAUCAAGCCCAAGAAUACCGUCAACACGCACUACUUCAGCAUCGAUGAGGAGUUCAUCUACGAGAACUUUUACAGCGAUUUUGGUCCCCUCAAUAUCUGCAUGCUGUAUCGAUACUGCAUGAAGCUCAACACGAAGCUGAGUGCCAAGUGCCAUGCCAACAGAAAGAUUGUCCACUACACCUCCAUGAAUCCGGCCAAGCGGCUCAAUGCGGCAUAUCUGAUCGGUUCGUAUGCCAUUAUCUACCUGAAUAAGACGCCUCUGGAGGCCUAUAGGCCUCUGGUGUCUGGCGAAAUACCCGCCUAUACGCGCUUCUGCGAUGCCAGCUAUGGUCCCAGCAGUUUCAAGAUCUCCCUGCUGGAUUGCCUAAAUGCCGUGCACAAGGGCCUGCAGGCGGGCUUCUUCAAUUUCGAUGACUUUGAUGCCGAGGAGUACGAGUACUUUGAGCGCGUGGAGAACGGCGACUUCAAUUGGAUUGUCCCCCAGAAGUUUAUUGCCUUUUGUGGGCCACAUCAGAAGAGCAAGACCCUGCCCAAUGGGUAUCCGUGCCAUGCACCGGAGCGAUACUUUUCCUACUUUCGGGAGAACCAUGUGACCACCGUUAUUCGACUGAAUGCGAAGGUCUACCAUGCCUCCUCGUUUGAGAAUGCCGGCUUCGAUCACAAGGAUCUGUUCUUCAUCGAUGGAAGCACACCAAGCGAUGCCAUCAUGAAGAAGUUCCUCUCCAUCUGUGAGACCACAAAGGGUGCCAUAGCCGUGCAUUGCAAAGCGGGACUAGGUCGCACGGGCAGCCUCAUUGGAGCGUAUAUGAUGAAGCAUUAUGGUUUUACCGCACUUGAGGCCAUUGCCUGGCUAAGGCUGUGCCGCCCGGGUUCCGUGAUUGGCCAUCAGCAGCAGUGGAUGGAGGACAAACAAAGCUGGUUGUGGUCCGAGGGCGAACGUAUGCGCCGUCGCACUGGUGUUCCCAUGCUACGGCACACGUAUGGCAUCUACAGCCUGGAGCUGAAGACCAAACUGACCGAAGCCUCCGCCGCCUCGAAUCCCCCCGUGGAUCUGCUGAUGAAUCGAGUCAAGGGGAUUUCCCAACGUGUGGACACAAUGCAUCUGAAUGACCAGGACACAGCCCUGGAUUCGGGUGCCGACCAGACGGACGAAGAGAUCUCCGAGCAGCGGCGCCUAGAGCGGAACGAACGAGCGCUGUACCAGCGCUGCACCACGGAAGAUCCCAAUUGCAAUGUCAGCGACAACGACACGGAUACGGCCAGCGCACCGGCCGAAGCCCCACCGCUGGCCGCCACCUACACAAUGUCAACGCGACGCCGCAAGUCCCCGUCGGCGGCCAACAAACCCACAGUGAUUGCCAACUCCCUGAGGCGCCUGGUCAAUCCGGUGGUCACCCAUCGUAGUGUGCACAGCGCCACCCCACUGAUGACAACUCCGGGUGUUGUUUAUGCCACGCCCGACGUCACCACCUGCACUGAGAAGAAGCUGCGGAAGCCCAGUGGCAAUGUAUUCGAUGCGGCCCGCCAUACCAUCGCAUCGACUGUGCGGAUGACGCAGACGGCGCUGGAGAAGAAACAGGCCCAGACGCAGGGCGACAAACUGAAUCAGAUCAAGGCGCUGCGACGGCACCAUUCGCGCUCCGUAAAUGUUAACAGCAACAACGAGCUGGACUCGAAUCUGAGGCAUACGCGAGCCCGUUCUCAGCCCUUCCGGAACAACAACAAUGGGGUGACGGCGACAACCCACGCGACGAUAACCGCGAGAUGUGCAACGCAGACCACGCCCUCCCUGCUGCAAGGAACAGUGCCGGGAGUGUCGGCGGCAGCGGUGGCGGUUGCUUUGGCCAACAAUCUGAACAAUAACACCAGCAAUAGUACCCUCUCUCACAGCAGUACUCUAAACCCAUCCCUGAAUAACCAGAAUUAUAAUCAGAACAAAAACAACAAUGAUGGCACCACUAACAAUCUCCUGCCCGGCAGUCGCACCCGCAGCCUGGCGAUCUACAGCAAGAGAAUGGAAUUGAAACACCUGCGCAAGGCGGAACAGCAGGAGCAGCCGGUAUCCACUACAACGAACAGCGUCAAGCCGCCACCGUAUGCCACCAUCAACGAGAGCAAGAUCCCUGUGGUGAUGAUGAGUAGUGCUGCCGCUGGCAGCUCGGCCACCAUUCCCCCCACGCGAGGUAGUGCCGCCCGCACCUCGCACCACCACAUGACUCUGCGCGGUCGCUCGGGUAUCCGCUAUCAGCGUCCAGCGGCCGGAGAGCCCGCGCCUGCGGCCGCUCAGGCACAGCCCUGCACGGUGGCGACGGCGCGCUACUAUCGCGAUGUGUCCGCAAUACCCACCGCCAUGUCGUCGUUGAUUGCUUUGGGAACUAGUUCUUCCAACUCUGCUUCCACUUGUACUACUUCUACUGCUGGCUCUGGUUGCUAUAAUAUAGCCACACGAUCCUCCUCCGCUACGCUCGAUCUGAACUCGAAUCCAUUGCCAGCGGCCACACAAGGCACUGGGAGUGGGACUGGGGCUGGGGCCAAGUCCAAGCUAUCCAACAACACGAACAACAACCUCAACAACAACUGCAAUUUGAGUAAUGCCCAUUCUUCUGUUUCUCCUCCACCCAACCACAACCACAACCACCACCUCCCAUCAUCCUCUCCAGACACAGGCCGUCUUAGUGGGCGCGGCAGUGCCGAACUGGAGGCAAUCAUCGAGCACGUGGGAGCGAGGCGGAACAAGCGAUCUCUGAGCUCCACGCGCCUGGACAAGGACAAGUGCGACGAAUACAACACGAAACUACUGCGUAAGACGAGCAUCGUAGCAGCGGCCGCCGUAGCAGCAGCAACCUCCGCACCCACUCCUGCCAACCACAAUCCGAACAACAACAACCAUAGUGGAGGCAGCAGCAAAUACAGCAGCAACAGUGGCACACCCACAACACCCAGCACUGGAGGCAGCUUCAAGUUGUCGCGUCGGGUGUUUGGUGAAUCGGGUUCCUCGGCAUCGGCAUCGGCCUCCAACUCGGGCAUACCCACGCCAACGGCACCGACACCGUCAUCCACGCAGCAGUGGCAGCAGCACCAUGUGGCACCACGUGUUGGUAGCCGCCUGUCCAGCGAUCGGGAGCGAGAGCGCCAACAGCAGGAGCAGCAACAGUCGCUGAAGCUGCGCAAGAAGAUCAGCUACUGAGCAGGAGAAGAUUCCCUGUCCUUCCUUGUUGCCUUUAGUUUUACAAACAUACAACAUAAUCCUUUGUUAAAUAGUGAGAAAUUAAACUUUUGGGAAUCUAUAGAUUAUGUCGGAAUCCGAAUCCCCUCUCCAAAUAGAAAGAGUUUCCCCCGCUUUAAAUCA